AUGCCUCCGAAAAGUAGAUUUUGGGAAUUUUUCGACAAAAUUAGCAAUGGUGAAGCAAAAUGUACAUGCUCAAAAGUUCUCAAAACUUGUGGUAACACUACAAAUUUAAAAUUGUACAUCGAAAAGAUGCAUGAGUCAUUACUGGGAAAACAGAAAAGUAAGGAUAGUACAGAAAAUAUUGUAGUAGCGAAGAAAUCCCGUAAAGACGUAUUAAUACAAAAACCCACAGUGCAAACUUCCUGUAGUUCUGUUGGACUGGCUUCCUCUAGCACUGCUUUAGAUCUUGAAAUAUAUUCACGUGAAACUGAUUGUAGUACUUUAAAUGUAAGUGACAAUAGUAUUAAUACACAAUCUGGUUUUAAAAAAUCGUACCAACCCACUCUAAAUGACAGUUUUCGGAACGUUAUUGAAUUCGCAGAAAAUGGUGCGAAAGGAAUUAGGCUAACAAAUGCACUCUUGUACAUGAUUUGCAAGGAUUCACAGCCUUUUCAAAUAGUAGAAAAUGAAGGAUUUUUAAACCUGAUGAAGAUAGCUGCUCCUCUGUAUAAACUUCCUUCCAGACACACUUUAAAGAGAAUGUUAGACGACCGAUAUGAAGUUACAAAGAACCUGUUCAAGGAUAAAAUUAAAGGGUUAAAUAGUAUAACACUCACGACCGAUAUCUGA